AUCAGUGCCAAUGUGUAACUUUAAUAUAAAUAAGAAACGUAAAUGUGUCAGUAAAUGUUAAAAAUCUGCGCAAAACAUGAAUGGACAGAGAAAGUGGGGUCAUGUGUAUGUUUGUGUAUAUGUGCAUAUGUGUGAGUGUGAUGGGGUGGAGGGGUUAGGGGAGAAAGGGGGGUAGUGGUAGAGAGGGGAGGGAAGGAAAGCGGGGUAAAAAAAAAGAAGAAAAAAAAGAGGGGGGCUGGGUAUCUCUGUCUGUCUCCCGGACGGAGCGCAUCGCCGUGCCAGAGUGCGUUCAGGCUGCGCGGUGAAGGACCGAAACCACCGGGGUUCCCAAAAUAAACUGAGGGGACGCAGAUACGCGCGCACACACACGUAGGAUACACACACGGAGAGAAAGGCUGAGGAGAGAGAGAGAGGACGAGAGAUACACACCGGCGGAUGGCGGAGCAGAGCCAAAGAAAAGACAUUACAGCGUAAAAUAGAAAAGGGGGGCAUCGCUUUCCCCUCCUCUUUUUCUCGCUUCAGUGGAGGAGGAAAGCAGAAGACAGGUGUAUUUAUUGAUAUGGAUUUAUUCAUUUAUUUAUCUAUUGAUUUUGCUUUAAUUAGUGACCCGCGGUAGAGAAAGAGGGAGAAACAGCGAGGGGAGGAGAGGGAGGAGCGAAAGUCAGACAGGAGGUGCCUGCGUAGCCUUACUUUUUUAUUUGAUUAUUCCCAUCUUUUAACCAAAUAAUGCUUUUGCGUUUUAUUAUCGUGUCGCUUUGUGUGCUUGUGUUCUUCAGCAGACCAGCCAGCUACUAACCAAAUCUUUACGAGAACCAAAAAAGAAGCAACUCCAGUGAUACACGGACAGUUUUAUCCCAUUUCUCUGUGCCGAGGAGGAUCCGCCGCUUGGAUAGUGUUUGUUUGAGACUUUUCAUGACAGCGCAGGAGGAGACGUCUAUCUUUUCACAAGCUAAACCAAAGCAAAGCCCGCCGAGGAGGAGAGACCGAGACGGAGAGCCACUGCGAUCUUUACGCACAGCUGUCUGGACACAAUAAAUGGAGUCUAAUUGUGUCUGCGUUACAUCCAAUGGAGAGCAGCUGAGAGGGGAGCACCGGCUGCACUAGAUUCACACGGGUUAGGGUUAGGGUCCUCUACUGUCCAGUCACCUGCAGCCUGUGUUAGGUAGCCUGUAUGGAGAACCGCCGGUAGCUUUACAUUUUCUCCCAAAGCUUUCACUGCGCGCCCUGCACAUCGCUGCGUGUACGUGUGUGUGUGUGUGCCGGACUACUUGACUCUGAGAAGACACGAGUAACAGGGCUGUAGUAUUUAUCUGUAUCCCACAACCACGCAAAUCUAUAAUAGAGAAAUGUGAAUCAGCUGAGACGGACUCGAUCCACGGAAGAAGAAGAAGAAGCCAAAUACUGAGUGUCUUUUUUCCCUCACGAAGCAUCUUUACAACCGGCUGUCCACAAACCUGGAAAGCAUACGAAGACAGGCCAAAGAACGACGGAAGCACGACGGAUAAGAAAAGAAGAAAAGUGAGACUAAAAUAAAAAACAACGACCCCCAGGUCGACAGAGGACCAUGUUUGUCCCCCUGCCGGUCCCCUUCGUCUUUCAGAGAACAGCGUCCGACUUCAGCGCCUGGAGACUCAAGUCCUCGCUGGCUCCGCGGUCCAGCCCCGAUAUCAGGAUGUCUAAAGCAGCAGAAGAGGAGAAGCCUGGGGCUGAGUAUCCAGGGGACAGUUCAGACUCUGACAGAAACAGCCCAGAUGACCAGGUCCAGCCGAUGAAAACAAGCCCCUUCAGCAUCUCUCCCACACCGGCUGGUAGCAAGGGAAAGAGUGAGGAGAGCUCUGAGAUGGCCCAUAGCAACAUCCCCCCUUCCUCUCAACAACAACAACAACAACAGCAACAGCAACAACAGCAGCAGCAACAACAACAACAACAACAGCAACAACAACAACAACAACAACACCACCACACACAGCUAAUGCUGGCUGGCAGUCAGCUAGCAGGGCUUGCCGCUCUGCUCCCAGCCCAGCAGCAGCUGCUCCUACAACAGGCUCAGGCUCAGCUCCUGGCGGCCGCCGUUCAGCAGUCAAACGCUGCCCACGCCGCUCACGCUGCCCAUGCUGCCGCACAGCAACAAGCCAACCAGCAGCAGCAGCAGAGCCAAUCACAAUCCCAGCAGCAACAGCAGCAGCAACAGCAACAAACCAAACAGGAACAAACUGUCCAAGCCCCACCUCCACCGCAGCUGGCCCUGUCACAGCCAAUCCAGCUCACAGCCCAGGACAUCCAGCAGCUGUUGCAGCUCCAGCAGCUGGUUCUGAUGCCGGGUCAUCAUCUCCAGUCUCCUGCCCAGUUCCUCCUGUCUCAGCCACCACAGGCACAGCAGCCGCAGCAGGGUUUGCUCUCGACACCAAAUCUGAUCCAGCUACCUCAGCAAAGCCCAGGGGGGCUACUGACAACCCCGCCUCGCCUGGGUCUCCAAGCACAGAGGGAGAAGAGCAGCGAUGUUGUGGUUGGCGGAAGCAGCAGUGGCAGCAGCGGCUCUAUAGUCGCCACCGGCAGCAGCAGCGUUGGUGUUGUGACGUCUGUAGGAGCCACCUCAGCAUCCAGCAGCGCCAUGGCUUCCUCGUUGACUUCUGGCUUGACUCCUGGAGGUCACGGGAGUCACAUGGGGGAAGAACCCAGCGACCUGGAGGAGCUGGAGCAGUUUGCCCGCACCUUCAAACAACGACGCAUCAAGCUCGGAUUCACCCAGGGAGACGUUGGUGUUGCGAUGGGUAAACUGUAUGGUAACGACUUCAGCCAGACCACCAUCUCCCGAUUUGAAGCUCUCAACCUGAGCUUUAAGAACAUGUGCAAGCUGAAACCACUGCUGGAGAAGUGGCUGAGUGAUGCAGAAACCAUGGCAGUAGACAGCAUGCUGCCCAGCCCGUCUUCUCUCUCCUCCCCUAUGUUGGGCAUCGAGGGUCUAUCCGGCCGGCGCAGGAAGAAGCGCACCAGCAUUGAGACCAAUGUGCGAGUGGCCUUAGAGCGCAACUUCUGCACGAACCAGAAGCCUACCUCGGAGGAGAUCCUGCUCAUGGCGGAGCAGCUCAACAUGGAGAAGGAGGUGAUUCGUGUUUGGUUCUGCAACCGCAGACAGAAAGAGAAACGCAUCAACCCCUCUAGCAGCACCACCCCUCCCUUGCCCAGCCAGACUUCACCUGUUGUGACACACAAAGCCCCCUGCUACAGCCCUCACAUGAUAUCGAGUCAGGGUCUGUCCCAGGUCACCACCUGUCUCAGCACAACAGCCGCCAGCUCUUCAGCAUCCUGCCCCAUGACUCCUGUCAGCUCCGCUGCUGUAAGCUCUGCCUCUUCUUCUGUGACCCCACCCCCACAUAGCACAGCUAGCCCUGCCCCUCCCAGCCUUGGGGCCCACGGGCUCAACACUGGGAACACAUUGAUGGGAGUAAGCACAGGGAUGAACCAGGCCCUCAUUGGCAGCAGUCCCCUGGCUACCAUGCAAGCCCUGGCAGCCAGCAGUGGUCAGCUGCCCAUCUCCAGCCUCGAGGGGGGAGCCGCUCACAUGCUUCUGGGAGGACCUGGGGGUCCCGCUGUACCUCCUUCCCUCCGCCCCUCACUCUUCCUCAACCGCCCUACCCUCCUCCCCAUGGUGACCGGCUCCAUGGCAACAACCUCCACACCUGCCAUGGGACUGGUCAGCAGCGUUGGUGGAAUGUGCGGCCCCCGUCCUUCCUUCUCCCAGUCUCCGCCGCCCGGCGCCAGCGACCUCAUGAGCCCGACUUCGUGUCCCGAGGAGUCCGCAUCUCCUUGUUCAAGCCCCGCCUCCUUCUGUUCUUUCAGCGAAGCCUCGCCACCUCCUUUGGGAGGGGCCAUGGCCGAAUGAUCCCUCACUGACAGCCAAAGUUUCUUAUCAGAGGAGAACGAGGAGGAGGAAGAGGAAGAGUUAAAGGAGCUUUAAAAAUCUAAAUUUACAACCUCGCCUUUCAACCAAAGCCAUCUCUCUGUCUGAUCCAUCUCUGAUUUCGUCUCUCUCUUUCUCUGUCUCCCCGCUGAAGUCUUCUGAAGCCAAAAAUAUACACAGAUGGAUGAUGGGAGGAAGCAAAGAGAGAGGGAGAAUGGAGAGGAUAGAGAGAACUGCAGAACGGAGGGGGGACAUUUGAAACCAAAUAAUGAUCUACAGCUGGAGAGGUGGCACUGAGGAGUGUUUUUGCUCAGCAUCGGGGAAACGAACAGCAUGCUUUUUAUUGGCUGGAGAAAAAAUAAACUUGCUGAGGGCAGGGAUGAGAAGCGAAACUGUGUGUGAGAAAUGGGAGGCAAAAAGAAAAGACUUGUUUAACAAGCUCGGAAGGUCAUGUGGUUGCAACCAAAUUUAAAAAAAAAAAAAAUAAAACAAAAGAGGA